AUUGUCCCUGGCGCUGGCGAGGUGUCCGGUUGCGGAGCCGGCUGCGUCUCUGGAAAUGCAUCCUGCAUCCCCGCGUGGAUAACAGCUGCAGCUAUGUCGGAGAUGCACAAAGAGGGGAGAGUGUCAUUGUGUGCCUUUUGACACAUACAUUAAGACCAAAAAGGAAAAAAAAAGCCUGCCUGUGCUGCCACCGACCAGACUCAUGGAGGCCAGAUUUUCUCCAAUUAACCAGAUCCUGCCCUGGUGUAGACAAGACUUAGCCAUCAGCAUCAGCAAAGCCAUCAACACCCAGGAGGCCCCUGUGAAGGAGAAGCAUGCCCGGCGCAUCAUCCUGGGCACACACCACGAGAAGGGUGCCUUCACUUUCUGGUCCUACGCCAUCGGGCUGCCGCUGCCCAGCAGCUCCAUCCUCAGUUGGAAGUUCUGCCAUGUCCUCCACAAGGUCCUUCGAGAUGGGCAUCCCAAUGUGCUGCAUGACUGCCAGCGGUACCGCAGCAACAUCCGGGAGAUUGGUGACCUGUGGGGACAUUUGCAUGACCGGUACGGACAGCUGGUGAAUGUUUACACCAAGCUGCUGCUGACCAAGAUCUCCUUCCACCUCAAGCACCCUCAGUUUCCUGCGGGCCUGGAGGUGACAGAUGAGGUGCUGGAGAAGGCAGCUGGGACCGACGUCAACAACAUCUUCCAGCUCACUGUGGAGAUGUUUGAUUACAUGGAUUGUGAGCUGAAGCUUUCUGAAUCAGUUUUCCGGCAGCUCAACACGGCUAUUGCUGUAUCCCAGAUGUCCUCAGGCCAGUGCCGCCUGGCCCCGCUCAUCCAGGUCAUCCAGGACUGCAGCCACCUCUACCACUACACGGUCAAGCUCCUGUUCAAGCUACACUCUUGUCUCCCUGCGGACACCCUGCAAGGCCACAGGGACCGGUUCCACGAGCAGUUUCACAGCCUCAGGAACUUCUUCCGCAGAGCCUCCGAUAUGCUGUACUUCAAGCGGCUCAUCCAAAUCCCCCGGCUGCCUGAGGGACCCCCUAACUUCCUGCGGGCCUCAGCCCUGGCCGAGCACAUCAAGCCGGUGGUGGUGAUCCCUGAAGAGGCCCCGGAGGACGAGGAGCCGGAGAAUCUCAUUGAGAUCAGCACGGGGCCCCCUGCAGGGGAGCCAGUGGUGGUGGCUGACCUCUUCGAUCAGACAUUUGGACCUCCCAAUGGCUCUGUGAAGGAUGACAGGGACCUCCAGAUUGAGAGCCUGAAGAGAGAGGUGGAAAUGCUCCGCUCUGAGCUGGAGAAGAUCAAGCUGGAGGCCCAGCGGUACAUCUCGCAGCUGAAAGGCCAGGUGAAUGCACUGGAGGGCGAGCUGGAGGAGCAGCGGAAGCAGAAGCAGAAGGCCCUGGUGGACAAUGAGCAGCUCCGCCACGAGCUGGCCCAGCUGAGGGCGGCCCAGCUGGAGGGCGAGCGGAGCCAGGGCCUGCGCGAGGAGGCUGAGAGGAAGGCCAGUGCCACAGAGGUGCGCUACAGCAAGCUGAAGGAGAAGCACAAUGAGCUCGUCCACGUGCAUGCGGAGCUGCUCAGGAAGAACGCAGACACAGCCAAGCAGCUGACGGUGACGCAGCAGAGCCAGGAGGAGGUGGCGCGGGUGAAGGAGCAGCUGGCCUUCCAGGUGGAGCAGGUGAAGCGGGAGUCAGAGUUGAAGCUGGAGGAGCAGAGCGACCAGCUGGAAAAGCUCAAGAGGGAUCUGGAGGCCAAGGCCAGGGAGCUGGCCCACGUGCAGGAGGCCCUGAGCCACACAGAGCAGAGCCAGUCGGAGCUGAGCUCACGGCUGGACAUACUGAGUGCAGAGAAGGAUGCGCUGAGUGGGGCUGUGCGGCAGCGGGAGGCCGAUCUGCUGGCGGCCCAGAGCCUGGUGCGGGAGACAGAGGCGGCGCUCAGCCAUGAGCAACAGCGCAGCUCCCGGGAGCAGGGCGAGCUGCAGGGCCGGCUGGCGGAGAAGGAGUCUCAGGAGCAGGGGCUGCGGCAGAGGCUACUGGACGACCAGUUUGCGGUGCUGCGGGGCACUGCUGCCGAGGCUGCAGGCAUCCUGCAGGAUGCUGUGAGCAAGCUGGAUGACCCCCUGUACCUGCGCUGCACCAGCUCCCCAGACUACCUGGUGAGCAGGGCCCAGGAGGCCUUGCAUGCCAUGAGCGCCCUGGAGGAGGGCCAUGCCCAGUACCUGACCUCCUUGGCGGACGCUUCCGCCCUGGUAGCAGCCCUGACCCGCUUCUCCCACCUGGCUGCGGACACCAUUGUCAAUGGCGGUGCUACCUCCCACCUGGCCCCCACUGACCCUGCUGACCGCCUGAUAGACACCUGCAGGGAGUGUGGGGCCCGGGCUCUGGAGCUCAUGGGACAGCUGCAGGACCGGCAGGCUCUGCGGCACAUCCAGGCCAGCCUGGUGCGGACUCCCCUGCAGGGCAUCCUGCAGCUGGGCCAGGAACUGAAACCUAAGAGCCUAGAUGUGCGGCAGGAGGAGCUGGGGGCCAUGGUGGACAAGGAGAUGGCAGCAACGUCCACAGCCAUAGAAGAUGCCGUGCGGAGGAUUGAGGACAUGAUGAACCAGGCACGCCACGCCAGCUCAGGGGUGAAGCUGGAGGUGAAUGAGAGGAUCCUCAACUCCUGCACAGACCUGAUGAAGGCCAUCCGGCUUCUGGUGAUGACAUCCACCAGCCUGCAGAAGGAGAUCGUGGAGAGCGGCAGGGGGGCAGCCACACAACAGGAAUUUUACGCCAAGAAUUCGCGCUGGACUGAAGGCCUCAUCUCGGCCUCCAAGGCUGUGGGCUGGGGAGCCACACAGCUGGUGGAGGCGGCUGACAAGGUGGUACUUCACACGGGCAAGUAUGAGGAGCUCAUCGUCUGCUCCCAUGAGAUCGCAGCCAGCACGGCCCAACUGGUGGCAGCCUCCAAGGUGAAGGCUGACAAGAACAGUCCCCACCUGAGCCGCCUGCAGGAAUGUUCCCGCAUGGUCAACGAGAGGGCCGCCAACGUGGUGGCCUCCACCAAGUCAGGCCAAGAACAGAUUGAGGACAGAGACACCAUGGACUUCUCUGGCCUGUCCCUCAUCAAGCUGAAGAAGCAGGAGAUGGAGACCCAGGUGCGUGUCCUGGAGCUGGAGAAGACGCUGGAUGCUGAACGCAUGCGGCUGGGGGAGCUACGGAAGCAACACUACGUGCUGGCUGGGGCAGCAGGCAGCCCUGGAGAGGAGGCAGCUAGCCGGCCCAGCACUGUCCCCCGAAGUGUGGCCACCAAGAAACCGCCCCUGGCCCAGAAGCCCAGCGUGGCCCCCAGACAGGACCACCAGUCAGCACACUGGGAAACGGGGCCAGCGCAGGGCUCCCUGCCUUCUGGACUAAGAGCCUGAGGUCGUGGAUGGACGGAAGGUGCACAGCCCAUGCCGGCUGACGGGACUGGGGUCCACCAUCCUGCCUGUGGCCUUCUUGGGCACUGAUUCCACCAGGCCCUCCAGCUGCGAGGCCUCUGCAGACCAGGCUCUGGGUGGGCUGGAGGAAAUGUCAUCCAUUACUCCUCAGGCCUGGCCCUCAGACCUCUGUAAUGGGAGUCCCCAGGAGGUGGUCGGAUGCUGGAAGUGGCCGCUUUCUGGGGAACGAGGUGAGACAGUGGCCCAGCCCUGCCUUAGCUCCUGGAGUUCCAUUUCCUGUUUUCCAUUCCCCCGUUCUGGCUGUGCCCCACUGCCCACCUGGGGGGGUGGUUUCCAGCCCUUCGGAGAGUGGGACCUUGGCCCUAGGCCCUCCAGCUCAGCCAGAAACCCAGUUGCUGGACCAGGGCCCUCAGGGAGGGGACCCAGCAGCUAGAGUGAGCUUUGCCUGCCCACUGGAUUUGAACAAAUGUGUGUCCCUUGAGCCCGAGGGGAGUGGCAGGAGGGGUGGGACCAGGCUGGGAGGACAGACCAGCAGCUGUCAUGCCCUCCUGCACCCCCAGCCCUUUAGCCGUUCGCCCUGUGCUCUGGAAAGGCUACCAAAUACCGGCCAAGGUCAGGAGGAACAAAAAUGAGCCAGAAGGACCAGCCCCUUGGCUUUGUAUUAGCCUUUCCUCCUGUUGAAGUGUUCUGUUGGCAAUAAAAUGCACUUUGUGUCACUG